AACUGAGAACUUGUUCUUUUUUGUUUUUCUUCUUUUUGUUUCCACAAAAGAGAAGAGAAGUUUCGUGUCUUAUUCAUCGAAAACACACUAAUUCAUGGCUGAAGAUAACACAACAAAGGGCUCAUCAUCAUCACCAUCCAACUCUUCUUCGUACCCUCCACCGUUUCGCCAACUAGUGGUCGACUCGGCCGAGUCGGAGCAAGUGAACUCGGAGGUUGACUCGGACUCUUUAGUACCUGUCCUUGACUACAACGUUGUUAAUUAUGGUGAUGGUAGUGAUGGUGGUGGUGGUCUUGGUGAGGCUUGUAGGGAUUGGGGUAUAUUUCGUUUGGUCAACCAUGGGGUUCCUCCUACCCUUUUGAGCCAACUUCAUGGCCUUGCCAAACAGCUAUUUUCUCUCCCUUUUGAAACCAAACAGGCUAUAUUGACUAGCCCCUUAUCUUAUUUCUGGGGUACGCCUGUUCUAUCCCCAUCAGGGGUAGCUUUAUCCGUUAUAGGUUCUCAAAAUACUAAUUGGGUUGAAGGUCUCAAUGUCCCUCUCUCUCAACUCUCUCAAAUCCAAGCUCAAGAUCAUCCUAUCCUUAAUUCUUUCAGAAUUUUGCUGGAAGAAUAUGGAAAGCACCUAGGAAGGUUGGCGAGAUCCAUAUUCGAAAACAUGGCAAAGAAUCUCAACUUGGAUACAUCCGAAUCCGGAUCCAAAUUAUCCGAACCGAGCGGGUUCAUUCGGGUCUACCGGUAUCCACCAUACUCCGAAUCCAACGAAGACCACCCUGCAUGGGGCAUGGACGUCCACACAGACAGCUCAGUCUUAUCCAUACUGAGUCAAGACCGAGUCGGUGGACUUCAAGUCCUCAAAAACGACCAGUGGUUUACGGUCAAACCCAUCUCCAACACUCUGAUAGUCAACCUUGGAGACAUGAUGCAGGCGAUUAGUAACGACGAGUACAAGAGUGUGAAACACAGAGUGAAGGUGAACCAAUAUAGAGAGAGAGUUUCGAUAUGUUACUUUGUUUUUCCAGGAGAAGGAAGUGUUAUACGAAGCUCGAACUAUAAGCCUUUUACUUAUAGUGAUUUUCAGAAGCAAGUUCAGCAAGAUGUUAAGGCCCUUGGCUACAAGGUUGGGUUGGAUAGAUUCAAGCUUCUUAGUACUGCUAUUACUGAGGCGUGUUAAACGUUUUGUUUAGUUGUCGUUUUUGGAUCCUACUACUGGUUUGACUUUGACUUUCUCAGUUAUGGAAAACAAUGGUGGUCAAUAUGGGCUUUAUUUUGUACUAGUGUUAUAAUUAUUAGUUUUAGGUGUUGUGUCUGUGUUUAUUAAUGAUUUUUGGUGAGGUUAGAUGGCAAUGGAGGAGGGAGCUAAGCCAUGUGCAUGCAAUAUCAUCAAGCUAAGAACUUGUUGGCCGGUCGGUUAUGUUUAUUUAAUUCCUUUAGUGUU